CCGUCCCAUUCGCAGUUUCCACCGACCGCUCCUGAGGACACCAUGGACGGCGUUGUAUACGAACAAGACGACCAUCACCAAGAAGUGGACAACCUGGGAAGCUCUGCACAUGAAGGGCGCCAUCACGCUCCUCACGACCAGCCCGAGCAGUCGUCGCAUCAACCCCACAACAGCAGCUAUGGCUAUCCCGACCAAUCGUCAUCGUACCAACCCACGCCUUCGUCAUCGUACGGACAGCAUCCUUCGCACGAAGGCGGUAGCAACGUCGGUGGAAGCUAUCAACCAGCUCCUGCGUCGCAAGGAGCUGGCAAGAUCUUUGUUGGUGGGGUGAGCUGGGAAACAACCGAAGACAACCUGCGGUCGCAUUUUGGACAGUAUGGUGCGUUGACCGACGCGGCAUUGAUGAAGGACAAGUAUUCGGGCCAGCCGCGUGGGUUUGGCUUUGUGACCUUUGAAGAUGCGUCAGUGGUCGACCGAGUGCUUAGCGAAACACACACGUUGGACGGUCGCAACGUAGAAGUGAAACGCGCAGUUCCUCGAGAUAGCGCUGGUGGUGGUCGCGCAGGUCCUCCCUCGUCUGGAGGUGGAGGCAGUUAUAGUGAUCGUAACGGCGGAGGUCGCCCGUCCGAGUCGAAGAAGAUCUUUGUCGGGGGACUGCCCCCAUCGGUCACGAACGACGACUUUCGCGCGUACUUCGAGGACUUUGGCAAGAUCACCGACGCUAUUGUCAUGAUGGACCGCGACACGCAACGCUCCCGCGGGUUUGGCUUUGUGAGCUUUGAAGAGGAAGGCGCGGUUGCCGAAGUUAUCAGCAAGAGCCACGAACUGCACGGCAAAGUCGUCGAAAUCAAACGCGCAGAGCCCAAGGGCGAAGUGCGCGGCGGGGGCCGAGGCGGCUACGACUACGGCGGUCGCGGCGGUGGGUCGUACGGAGGCGGCUACGGCGGUCGAGGCGGUCGCGGCGGGUAUGGUGCCCCCGGCGGGUAUGGCGGCGGCGGCUACGGGGGAGGCGGCUAUGGUGGCGGAGGCGGCUACGGUGGUCGCGGCGGUCGUGGCGGUGCUCCCGCCGGUGGAUACGGUGGCGGUUAUGGCGGUGGCGGCUAUGGCGGUGGCUACGCGGGCGGGUAUGGUGGCGGCUACGGCGGCGGGGGCUACGGCGGCUACGGAGGCUACGCGGGUGGCUACGGCGCGCCUGGUGCCCCGGGUGGUUAUGGCGGCUACGGCGGGUACCCUGGCUACGGAGGAUACCCGGGUUACGACCCGUCGGGUGCCCCUCCUCCGUCCGAAGGCUCGGCACCUCCCGAGGGUAGCGCGCCGUACGACGACCAGUCGGGCGGGUAUGGUGGUUAUGGCAGCUACCCGCGACAAGGUGGUGGUCCGCCAGGCCAAGGCGGGCCCAAGUCGGACCGAUACCGUCCAUAUUAGUAGUCCUGGCCCACUGUAUAUAAAAAAUUCGCGACACACUUGUGGUUAUAUUUGGAUCGCGUUUAAGAAGCGAUAAACGUGAGUCCACAUGGUGCGUUGAAUGGGCUCCAACGACUCGAGUUGACGAGAACGGGUCGACGACUCCUCAAGGAAAACUCGGUCCAACGUCGGAACGAGCGUCGACGCCGUCACUUGCACCACGUGGGGCGACGUGCCCAAUGUCUGAACGACCGAAGUAAAGUUGGCCAUAUGCGGACCAUGGAGCACAGUGCACCCCGACCGCAGCGGCUCGAGGACGUUGUGGCCCCCUAUCGGAACCAACGACCCUGCACCAGAAUCAGAAUCAGAAUAC